AUGUGGCUACAGUUGGUGCUUUAUGUGAUAUUUCUUAAACCAAUACAAAGUGAACAAAUAUUAAAAACCCACAAAUUUGCAAUAGAAUCCGAAAUAUUUGAAUUAAUCCAUACCACCGAACAGCAGAAUGAUAUACAAACUAUAUUAAUUAAAUAUGAAGAAUCAGUGAAAAAUUGUGGUGAUCUGGAUUUGUAUAUAAAAUAUUUGAAUGCUACACUGAUAAUAGAAAAUCUACUUAAAUCAUGGUCUCUCAAAGACUCUUUAAAUACAAAUCUUAUGUGUGUUGUUUGUUUAAAGAAACUGACGUCUGAUUUUGCUAUAGAAUUGGCUCCCUAUUUUAAAAGUCUUAUAAGUAUACGUGAAACUAAAAUGUUGAUCUAUAUGCAUCACAAUGAAAGUGGAAACUAUACACCAUUUCCGAAUUUUACUUUAGAAAUGCGGCAACAUAAGGAGGGGGAUUUACUAUAUACCAAUCGUGUUAAAGACUUAAAGGGUCACGUUUUUCUUACACUGCCCGAUCAAGUAGUACCACGUACUUUUUUGACUGUAAAUAAAAAUGGUAAAGUGAAAAUUUCCGGUUAUGUGGGUCAUUUUAUUCAUCUGCUGGCAGAAUAUUUAAAUGCUACCUUGAAGUUUCCAUUUCCCGUUAAAAAGGGAGAUGUUUUAUUUUAUGGCUAUUUGGAGACCUUAACCAGAAACUAUACCAUUGAUUUACCCGGCACAUUAGUACCAGUGAUUAAUGCUCAGCAGAUGAUUUAUUACUCUUAUCCAUUUGAAGUUAUGAAUGCUUGUCUUAUGAUACCGAAGGCUAAAUAUAUGCCUCUCAAGGAAGUAAGACAUAGAAGAGGUGUUGUCAAACAUUAUGUCAAAUUCUCCGAUUACAUACUCAACGAUGUCGCUCUUAGAGGGAUUUUGGGUCAACCGUUUAAAGUGUGGCUAAAGGCGGGUCUAUAUCUUAGUCUUAUUUACAAUGCAUUUCUACAAACCUUUUCCACUCAACCUUUUAAGGAGAAACAAUUAAAAACUUUUACGGAUUUGUAUGAGAAUAAUAUUUAUACCUUAUUAUCCGAUCGAGAAGUGUCAUAUUUUAGUGGCGCAAAUAAAAAUUUUAAAUUAUUACAUCGCAUUACCAACUAUGAGGAAUACAACAAAAUGAGAAAUCGUCUGAACACUUCUUAUGCUUAUCCCACCAUAGGCAUACACUGGAAUUCUCUCUUCAGCCAUCAGCAGAAUAUUUUAAAAAAUAAACUUUUUAUAUUUUCCGAAGACGCCUGCAUGUUCCAUACUAAUGUCUUAAGUUUUCCCUUGGCAGAGAAUUCUAUCUAUCGUACACCAGUCCACAAUUUAAUCAUGAUUGCUAGGGACUUUGGGUUGAUUAAUCGUUGGUUGACUAUCAACUUUCCCGAUGACUUGGCAAAAGAUAAAUUGCCCUCGAUGCUUGAUUGGAGUGGCAAGGUGCCAGGUGAAAGACCUCUAAAAUUGCAAGAUUUUGAAUUGCUGGUGGGAGGUAGGCGUGGCAUUGGAACGAUUAUUACAUAA